AUGAGAGCCUUGGUGAGAGCAUCGGCUGCUGCGCGUGGCCCAGCACGCCGUGUAGCAUAUCAUCGACUCGCUCUGUCCCAGCUAUCUUCCUCAAGCUCGUUGCCAGCGAGGGUGUACCAUCGUUACUUUGCCGGGAUAAACACUUUCAGCUCAUCGGCCCGGAAGCUGUCGCCAAAUAUGGACUCUCAAACGGCGAAAAACCUUGACGGUCUCAAAGAACACCUCACCCACAAUAAGCUCGAGGAACUGCGGAGCUUUUGGUUUGAGCAUCUGACGAGUGAGGCCGAUCGAGCUAUUCCUCGAGCCGAGAAUCAGCGCCGAUGGUUCUUUGGCGGCAAGGAAUUUGACGACAUCUGCGUUGCUAGGUUUAGCCCCAUUCUUGAAGCCAUCAAGGCCGCGGGGAUCACAUCAGUUGAGGACAUUCUGGCCGUCGCCCAGCCGCGCGACCCUUUGGACUGGUUGAGUCUGGUCAUCUUGUUGGAUCAGAUCCCCCGAAACUGCUAUCGUGGCGCUGAGGCAGCCGUCUGCUUCACCUUCUUCGAUCCCCUCGCAGUGCAGCUCACGCUGAAAGCUCUCGAAAAAGGCCUACCUUACAAUGCUCCCGAGCUACGAUGGCAAUUUUCGCACCGAAACUGGCUCUACAUGCCCCUCAUGCACUCAGAAGACGUGUCGGCCCAUGAAAAGGCCGUGUUGGGGUAUGAACGCAUGCAGCAGGACAUCCUCAGUCUCCUGGAGGGCACAGGCGGGGCAGAUGAAUAUGAGAAGAAGGCUAGAGAGGUUGCUCAGGCGGACCCCGAGACUGCCAAGGCAUUCGGCAAGAUCAAUGUCGAUUUUGAAAAGAAGCACCAGGUGAUUAUCGAGAGGUUUGGACGAUAUCCUCACCGGAACAAGGCGUUGAGGAGGGAGCCAACGGCGGAGGAGACGGAGUAUCUGGAGAAUGGCGGCGACACGUUUUCGGCGUGA